GGAGAUACUUCGGAUCGCGAUAGGGCUACGGUUUUCCCAAUGAGGAUUUCCCAGGGGACUCAACCCCACUCACUUCAAACACCGUCGUCAAAACUUCAGACAAUAAACACGAGAUUUUCAAUUUCUUUACUUCCUUUCGUCCAAAAGACCUUGGCACUGGUUUCAACGUUGCCAUCCCACUGCAAAAGCUGGUCUGAUUUUUCCUGCUAAUCUAUUCAAAGCUCAUUGCCGCUCAAAGCCCCAUCUUAACAGUCCUUGCUUGGCAGCGGGUCAGACGUCUUGGAUUCUUCACCUAUCAGGAUAAUAUCUUACUAUUCUUCUAAUUCGUAUACCUUUGGGCAGAAGAUGCGAGGUAGUAUCCUUGGGUUCUGUAUCACAAUCUUCUGCCGAGGCAACGAAGAGUCUUUUGUAUCUAAGUUUGGAGUCAAAGUUGGCUUGCUUUGACUUCCAAGAACUGUCAUCUGAAAAUCUGAUACGGUGAACAUCUGAACAGUAUGAUACAACGAGCGUGCAGGCAUGAUAUGACGAAUCGGGGUUGUUUCUGAAAUCGUUUUCAAUGGGUGGGAAUUGGUUCCUCUUCUUGCUCAGUACUGAGAAAGUAUCGACCUCAGUGACAGGCAGGCAAAAUAUUUCUAAGAUCCACGUUGGCUGCAACAGAUUUUGUAGGAGAAUUGCAUUAUUAUUCAGGAGGCAAGAUGAGCUAUUAUUCAUGACGAACUUGUAUCGUGAAGUUUGCCUGGUACACGGUUCUUAAAAGACAGGAGAAUCUUCCUUUCUACCGUUUGUACAUUUACAUUCCCAUCUCCAGUUUUGUUCGCAGUUCUUUCAUUUUCAUUACACUUUCAAUUCUGUACAGGAUCCGGGCGAUUCUCCUAUAAUCUAACUCUUAUUCAUUCAUUUCUUAGUGCAGGACACCUUCCGUACCUUCAAUAUGUAUACUUCCAUUUUAUUUCAAGCGGCAUUAUUGUCUGUCGCUCAAGCCCACGGUGUUAUCCUUGCUGCUCAAGGUAUUGCAGGAUCACCCGCAAGUGUUGGAUUUAAAGUCGACGAUGCUAUCGCAAGAAAUUGUACCGGCAUCAGCCCUUGUCAACAAGACACAACCAUCAUUCGCGAUUCAGAAAUCGCAGCCAACAUCGUCAAUGAAUGUGGCCGUACAGAACUGAGCGGCAACAUUGAUGUAGGAGAAAACACCGAAAAUGCUCUCUCGGCCAAUGCAGUCACAAAAGUCAAAGCCGGCACACUGAUGACCGUCACCAUUCAUCAAGUCAACGCAGAUGGAGCCGGUCCCUACACCUGUGAUCUCGACCAAACCAGCAAUGCUGGUGUCAUUUCUCAAAAUCUAACCGUCACCAACAACGUACCAGGAGUCAACGGACUAUCCCAAGCCAAAACUCAAGACUUCAACAUCACCGUUAAAAUGCCCGAUAACCUUGCCUGCACUGGUGCCUCCACGGGGAAUGUUUGCACCGUCCGUUGCCGCAAUAAUGCCGUUGCUGGUCCCUUUGGUGGCUGUUUUGCUGUUCAACAAACCGAUGUUGCUGCUACCAGCAACAGCGCUAAUACUAUCUCUACCGCUCAAACACUCAAAGCCAUUGAAGCACAAGUCCAAGAAAACAACGUUGAUCUUCCCGUCGCUGUUGCCGCUAAUCAAGCUGCUGGUUCCGCCGACGGCGUAAAGGGUUUCAGUGGUGCUAAUGCCCUUCUCAGCGCCUCCAUAACAUCCAAAGCAGCCCCCGUUAUGACCCUCUCUGUAGACAAUGUAGGUGUCAACGCAGCUGUCGCAUCCGCAACCACAACUUCGUCCGCAAAGGCAACCGCAACUGCUGCCACCAAAGGAAAUGGCAAAGGAAAUGCAAAUGCGAAGGGCAACGGAAAUGGAAACGGAAAUGGAAAUGGAAGAAAUAAUAAUAAUAAGGCGAGAGGAUCGAGUUUGAAGUGGGCCAGUAGACUAUUUGCAGCUGAUAACUGGGAAGAGCCUUCGAACUAGACUUUGGUGGUGUUAUGUAGUGGAACUUAAGGAGAAGAUGAGAAUAGAUACCGGAGGUGCAUGUCAAGAGAUACCUAUUUCAUGAGAAUGAAAGAUGCUUUUUUUUAAUGUAUAUAAAUAAAUUUAGAGAGAUCACUUUGGAGCAUAUGUAUAUGAUAUGUGUGGAUGAAUGAAUUGCAAGAUUA